ACUAUUAUAGUGCCGGACUGAAUGAUGCAAGACUGUCUGUUCAGGACUCAUAUGAUCCCGGUGAGGGAUGAUGAAGCAGAGUCCCAGAGAAAGGCCAAAUCAAGACAGGCCAGACAGACCCGCAGAGCUACACAGGGAAUUACCCUUUCAGAGUUGAUGGAAGCAAAGAAAACCUUCAGCCCAAAGCUGGACAUUCAGUCAGGUGAGGUGUGCAGAUCUACUGAGGGCUUGUGUCUUCAGAAAAGAGUUCAUGAGGAGGACCAACUGUCUGAAGAACACACAAGCCACGAGUCCACCAAUGAACACCUGGAUGAGCAAGGAAACUGGAAAAGAAGAUCAGCAAAUAAAUCUGAGAGAUCUUCAUUUUGCAUCUCAUCAAUCAGAGGAGCCUGCGGUUUCACUCCCAGCCUGAACAAUCACAAGACUUUAAAAGAGUCUGAAAGCACAGAUGAAAAUGAGAACAUUGUUUAUGGCUCAUCUGAUGCGCAGCGACUGACAGAUGACAGUGAUUUCAGUGCAGACGUGACCUGCUUUCUUACUGAGCAAGAUCGUGUGUCUAGCAGAUCAGACUCCAGUGGCAUUGACGCCCCAUCAGACAGACUGACAGCUCGGGGUUACACACGUCGAGAGAACAGACUCGCCUCCUUGACCAAAACUGAGGAUGACUCCAUUAGCAAAGACUAUAAGAAGAUGUAUGAGGACGCUCUGUCUGAGAACGAGAAGCUGAAGUCUCGCCUGGAGGACAGCAAACAGGAACUCUCCAAAAUCCGCUCGCAGCUUGACAGAGUCGCACAGAGACAGGACAGAAUAUCAGAGAGAUCGACUGUAUUUGAAUCAGAGAAAAAGGAAAAGAAAGCUUUGGAGAAGAAAGUCUCUGGCAUGGAAGAAGAACUUAAGACCAUUCCUGCUCUGGCUCGACUACAGGCUCUCCGUCAGAGAAACGAGCACCUCCUAAUGGAGAACAAAGCCAUGCUCCGCACCCUCUCCUGCCUCAAUCAGACGACCUCUCUCCCUGAGACGGAGGAUCUCUAAUCCUCCCUCCCUCUCUCUCUCUUUCUGUGUGUCUUUUUUUCUUUCUUUUCGUUGCACCCUAUCGUCCUCUUCCUCCACCCCUUUGCUGCACACCACCCAGGUUUUGACUGAACUGAAGUCUGACAACCAGCGACUGAAAGAUGAAAAUGGUGCCUUAAUACGAGUCAUCAGCAAACUUUCCAAGUGAAGAAGACCACACAAUACAGUUAAUACAGUCACACUUUAUUUUACAGUAUGUGGACAACAAAAUACUGGUAACUGCAUGUACCUAAUGUGGGUUAGUUAGGUUCAUGUUCAGGGCUGGUACCUAGAACAUACACAGGUAUACAAGUAGGUACAUAAUGCAUAAGUGUACUGUAUAACAUGCCUGUAAAAUAAAGUGCUACGGUUAAUACUGUACAAAGAGAGACCAAUAUUGAUCAGCAUCACCCAAGUUAAUAGAUUUGUGGAAUCUCUCUUUACUUUCUAACCAAAAUUAAAGAGGACAUAUCAUGAAAAUCUGAUAUAAUUGGGUCCCCAGUGCUUCUAUCAACCUACAAAAUGUGAAAAAGAUCAACCCAGUAACUUAGUUUUGGUAAACCAUUAUCUGCAAGCAUGUGAAAAAUAGAUCAUUGAACUCUGGCUCCCCUUGUGAUGUCAGAAGGGGAUAAUACCGCCCCUUAAUCGGCACUAUCCAACCACAGCACUGCCAUUUAGUGCAGAGAUCAGCUCAUUUGCAUUUAAAAUGACACACCCAAACGGCACAUUUUUGCUCACACCUACAAAGUGGCAAUUUUAACAUGUUGUAAUAAAUUAAAUCUUCACAUAUGUACCCUGGAGACACCAAAGAUUUAUUUGACAUCUUAAAAAAGCCUUAUGAAAUGUUCCCUUUAAGAUAUUGUCACAAAAGCAGAGCGCUACCCUGCUGGAAAAUCCACCUAAAACCUGCUUAAACAAAUAGUUCACCCUAGACUGAAAAUUCUGGUGUAUAUAUUUCAAUAUUUCAUUAUUCUAUUAUUCUAAGUAUUUAACAUAAAAGUUAGUCAUCACAUUUUUUGGGUGGUUUUCACAUGAAGGCAGGGGGGCUUAGAUUGUUAAAAAAUUAAUAGUUUUCUUUCAAAAGCAUAUUCUUCAUUUUGAAACACAUAAAUUAACGAAAUGAAGUCCUUGAAAUCAUUUUCUGAUGAUGGAUGGGCUUCAUAACAAGAAAUAUGGCCACUAUUUAAUGGCAUUUUAAAGCCAGGAAGAGCCAUAUACUGUUAUAUUCUGUACACCAGUGGUGAGUAAAUAUUAUGGGCUAAUUUUCAAUCUGGGGUGAACUAUUACUUUAAGGUGGUAGCUGAGUUUGUUUGGUUAUUUGCUGGUUGAAGUAGGUUGCGAUGUGUGUAAUUGGUUGACCAACAAGAAUACCACUGACCCCUUGUUGGUCAAAGGUCGAACUGGUACAAUGUGCUAUUUGAUUUGGAGUUGAUAGUCUACAUUCAAUGUUUUUUUCUUAAAGGGUAUGCUACCCUAUAGUUACUAGAGAGACUGUGUUGGGUUUAGGUCUCACAAACUGUCCAAAGAAUUUAAUGUUUUUCUUGCUAUAGUAAUAAGCUAUCACUGUAAGAAAUCCUUGUUGCACUUAAAUGUUUAAGUUUGAUCAACUUGAAAUUACAAUUAUUUCAACUUCCUUGACUAGUGAGGAGUUGCUAUAAAUCAUACAAAUAAAGUUGAUAUAACUUAAGCUAAUUCAUCUUAAUUUUUAUCAUUUAUAUGAACUCCUCACUGGUCAAGAAAGUUUAAAUGAAUUGUAAUUUCAAGUCGAUUAAACUUAAACAUUUAAGUGCAACAAGGAAUCGUUUACAAUUUUUUUACAGUAUACAUCAAUGACUGGCUUGAAUUUUUAUCCGUAUCCAGUCUGGUGUAUUUGGUGUAUGCUGUUUAACCAGCAGUGCAGGUCAACCAGGUCUUGCUGGUUUAGCUUAAGUCGUCUGGUAUGUGAGCAACAUUUUUUUGCUCAGGACCAGCAUUUAAAACAUUUUAGCUGGUCACUUUUCAAACUGCCGUUGUUUUAAAUAACACACACUGCGUUGCCUCACCCCAAAUUUGAUGAUCCUAAAUCAGCCAGCUGGUCCAGUAUGAAUCCUCAAAUGCCAAUAAAUGUUCAAAUGUAACGUUCACUCACUCUUUUAUUCUCUUCCAUUAUAAUACUUUUAUAAUUAAAGUGUUUCAACAUAUGAACUAUCUGAGAGGUUAAAGAUUGGUUACAUGGCACCACUGUUGAAUGUGUUUUUCUAUAUUUAUUUAUGCUUUUGGUUUGGUUUUAUUAUAGACACACCAACAAAAAAGUCACAAGAAAUGUUUAAUGCAAAACUUUUUUCCAUGCCUUUUUGUAUUUUACAUCCUUUUUCAACCUGUAACCUUGAACCGAUGCUCCCGGCACUUUGUUUAUGAUUGUUUGUGUUUAUUGUUUGCCUGUUAUGAUUAUUAAUAAUAACACACUGUUAACUGAA